AUGUCUAACGGGGUUGCCCAAUCGGCCGAGGAGGCCUUGUGUAAGCCGUACGACCAGUUCGUCCUAUUUGGAGACUCGAUUACGCAAAUGUCUUCGGAUCAAAGUAUGGGGUUCGGUUUUCAGCCUGCUCUUCAGGAUGCCUACAGCCGCCGCUUGGACGUGAUCAAUCGCGGGUUCGGUGGUUAUACCACCGCGCAUGCGGUCAAGGUCUUUCCCAAGUUCUUCCCCAAACCAGAGACGGCUACUGUUCGGUUUAUGACAAUAUUUUUCGGAGCAAAUGAUGCGGCCGUCCCUGGACACUACCAGCACGUCCCAGUGGAGACUUACAAAGAAAAUCUGAAGAAGAUCAUCCAGCACCCGGCGACAAUUGCUCAGAACCCAAGGAUACUGAUCCUGACCCCGCCACCGGUGAACGAAUACCAACUGGAAGAAUUUGACAUCGCAAAGGACACGCCACAUCCCAGCAGGACAGUCAAGCAGACCAAGCUGUAUUCGGAGGCCGCCCGCGAGGUCGCCGCCUCGUUAGGGGUUGCAGUGGUAGAUCUCUGGACUGCGUUCAUGACUGCGGCUGGUUGGAAAGAGGGAGAACCUCUGAUCGGGUCCAGAGACGCCCCUAACAAUGAGAAGCUGCAGAGUUUCUUCACGGAUGGAUUGCAUUUUACCGGCGACGGCUAUCGGCUCAUGUAUGAAGAAGUGAUGAAGACUAUCACAGCCAAGUGGCCUGAUCAAGCCCCCGAGGCGCUCGAGAUGGUCUUUCCUGGGUGGAUGGAGGCUCCCAAAUGA